AUGGAUGUUCACAAUGCCUUUCUACAUGGAGACCUUGAUGAGGACAUUUAUAUGCAAUUACCUCAAGGAUAUCACAUCAAGAGUGAGCAGAUCGAGGGGGAGAAACUGGUAUGCAAACUAAAUAAGUCCCUCUAUGGACUUAAGCAAGCAUCUAGACAAUGGUUAUCAAAUUUUUCAAAUUCACUCGCUGCCAUUGGAUUUCAUCAAUCCAAAUCUGACUACUCCUUGUUCACUAAGGUCAAUCCCAACGGUUUUAAAGCACUCUUAGUCUAUGUAGAUGACAUCAUAGUUAGAAGUAACUCUCAAGAAGAAGUUGACUCACUCAAAUCUUACCUUCACAACGAGUUCAAAAUUAAGGACCUUGGACCCCUCAAGUAUUUCCUAGGAUUGAAAGUUGCUAGGUCUUCAUUUGGAAUCAACCUUUGUCAAAGGAAGUACACCCUCAAGAUAUUAGAAGAUUCAGGUCUACUUGGCACAAAGACAAUUUCUACACCUAUUGAACUGAAUCAUAAAUUGAGCCACACCACAGAAGAACUUUUCCAAGAUCCUACAGUUUAUAGAAGACUCAUUGGAAGGUUAAUUUACUUAACCAUCACUAGACCUAACAUUAAUUAUGUUGUAAGUGUUCUACGCCAGUUCAUGGACAGUCCCUCACAAUCUCAUUUGCAUUCAGCCUAUAGGAUUCUCAACUACCUCAAAGGAUCCAUAGGUCAAGGCAUUUUCUUGUCAUCCAAAUCAACUUUACAUCUAAGGGCCUAUAGGGAUUCUGAUUGGGCUGCUUCCCCUGAGAGAAGGAGAUCUGUCACAGACUUUUGUAUAUUCAUUGGAGAGACACUACUAAGCUGGAAAUAUAAGAAACAAGCAACAGUUUUUAGAUCUUUAGAUGAGGUAGAAUAUAGGGCACUGGCUUCUACAAGCUGUGAGAUCAAGUGGCUUCUUAGUUUGCUAAAGGAAUUUAAUGUUGAUCCUGCACAAUCUGCUUCCCUCUUAUGUGAUAACCAGGCAGUCAUCCACAUUACAAAGAAUCCAAUUUUUCAUGAGAGAACCAAGCAUAUAGAACUAGAUUGCAAUUUUGUUAGAGAAAAAGUCUUGGCUGGUAUUAUCACACCAAUGCAUGUGUCCUCAUUAGUUGGUAGAUAG